AUGCCAUCAGCCGAUCCUUCCCACUCUCGCCUCUUGGAUCUGGAAGAGCUCGAGUCGGAAAAGACCCCGCUGUUUGUCAUCAAGAUUGGUGAGAUUACACCGGAAUACGAUAUUGCUUUUUGCAACCAACCAUUCCGGGCACUUGAUCUGCGCGGUCCUAUCCUAGCUCAAGGCAGGGAAGCGCUCCUCUUCCGAUCGUGGACACUGGCUUUGGGCGAUUUUAAACCAGAAUACUACUUCUUCAGCAGAAGAUGGGUUGUAGAGUACGCGGGCCGGUCUGGCAGCUGGAAGAUAAUAAGAGCAAUCAGCUCCGAAACCCCGGAAAAAGAUCAACAAUCAUUAGACGAAAAGGCAAAUAGAAAUGGCCAUUCUAGUAAUGAUCGAGGCCUGAUUUCCUCACGCUCAAGGACGGAUCUCGACAAACAAGUUAAACCUGAGAAACCAAAGUCACUCAAGAGUCUGCCCACUACCAACCUUAAUGCCAGAUGGGAAAGCAUUCAGACGAUGAUGGAGAUGAGCGAUGUGGGGGUAUUCGAAUACAACUCUUCAGGAAAACUGAUGCAUGCAAAUGAGGCCUGGUAUAGGCUCAGCUCUCACCCUGGGAUACUUGAGCAUUCAGAAUUCUCUUUUAUGGACCUCGUUUACCCUGAAGAUCAGGCAUUAGUCAUGUCCAUGUGGAAUAGACUGGCUCUUGGCAGAUCCGUCACUUUCGAGAUGCGUUGGAAACCGCGCCCUGGAUCAACGGAUACUGCCCAGUGGGUGCUGUCAGCUUGUGUGCCUGUUCUCGACGAUGAAGGAAAUCUGAUAAGUAUUGCUGGCAAUACAAUCGACAUCAACGCCCAGAAAAAGUCACAAGCAGCAGCACAGGCACAGGUCGAGGCUCUCAAGCAAGCACGAAUGGCAGAGAUGAAAUUCGCCCGUUUUGCCCAGGUAUCUCCGGUAGCAAUAUACAUUUACGUUCCUGAGAGUGGCAUGAACUUUGUAAAUGAUCAAUUCUUCGAAUUGACUGGCCACGCUCAUGCACCGGUGAACCAAUUCGAGUGGUUCGAUCUCAUCUCAGAUGAAGAUGUAUCCAGAGUCAAGAACGACUGGGAAAACAUGUUCAAAGGUGGAAAGUCUAAUGGAGUGCAGUUUCGGUUAAAAAAGACUUGGGUCAACCAGGAUGGAAUGCGCUCGAACAUCUGGGUGCAAAGCUCAAGCUAUCCAGAGCUCGACGAGAGUGGCAAAGUUAUUAGCAUAAUGGGAACAUUGUUUGAUAUCUCGCAAUUCAAAUGGGCCGAAGAUGUUCAACGUCGCCGGAUAGAGGAAGCAUGGGAGGCGAAACGACAACAAGAAAAUUUUAUCGACAUGACCUCUCACGAAUUGCGUAAUCCCCUUUCCGCCGUCAUACAGUGUGCCGAUUCAGUCAUUGCUUCAUUGCAGCAGUUGCUAUCUCGAGAACUUAAAGCGCCUGGCCAGAGUUUGAGUGCUGCAAAAGUUUCAGCAGAGAUUCGAAGCUGUAUCGAGUCAUUGCUGAUCAUUGUGUCAUGUUCAAUGCACCAGAAGCGCGUGAUUGACGACGUUCUUACACUGUCAAAGCUCGACUCUGAUCUGAUCUUGAUUACGCCGAUGCGUGUACAGCCCGCCAUAGUAGUCUCGGACGCUGUAAAAAUGUUCGAGGUCGAAUGUAGCCAGUCAGAUAUCAAACUUACCUUCCAUGUGGACGAGACGUUCAAAGGUAUAGAGUGGGCGAUGUUAGACCCUUCGCGUCUAUUACAAGUUCUCAUCAACCUGCUCACUAACGCCAUCAAAUUCACCAAGGACCGCAUUCGGAAGACAAUUGCUGUUACGAUCGGCGCGUCAUGGACCAGGCCACCUAAAUGCUGGGAGGAAAUCACAUUUAGCGAUGAUGAACGCGAUAACAUCAAUAUCACGGACAAGCCGGAAUGGGGGCAUGGCCGUAAAGCAUUCCUGUGGCUCAAAGUACAAGAUUCUGGGUGCGGCAUGACCAUGGAGGAGCAGAAGAAACUAUUCGCCCGCUUCUCACAAACGACGCCUCGAACACACGUCAAGUAUGGCGGAUCGGGCCUUGGACUUUUCAUUUCCAAAUCGCUCACCAAAUUGCAAGGUGGAGCAAUUGGUGUGAGUUCCGCAAAAGGGGAAGGAUCAACAUUUGCAUUCUACAUCAGCAUCCGACUGGCAUAUCCGCCAACUGACCAAAUCGUUGGACGAGCAUCACAAGCCCAACCCAUUCUCGACCGCACAAUAACCGGCGAAGAAGCCAUGCGCAUGAUCAAACUCAACGUCCUCAUCGUAGAAGACAACCUCGUCAACCAAAAAGUCCUGCGAAAACAACUCGAGAAAUUCAAAUGGAACGUCAGCGUCGCCGGAAACGGCCAGGAAGCUCUCGAAUGGCUCAAACACAGCAUAUACUGGCAACCCGACUCCGACAGCAGCCCCACCCAAGCAGACUCCCCCAAACACGACCUCGACAUCAUCCUCAUGGACAUCGAGAUGCCAAUCAUGGACGGCCUCACCUGUGCCCGCCUAAUCCGCGACUACGAGCAUCAAGGCCUCCUCGCCUCCCCUUCCCCAGCUUUCUCGCAACUCCGCCGCCUCUCCGCCAUUUCCGUCUCCCCCAUCCAAUCCUCAAACCACAACGACCCUUUUUCCGCGUCCCUAGCAAAACACCGUUACUCCACCUCGUCCCUUGACAGCAAUAAUAACCCUGCCCACCGCCAGUUUCUGCGCCUCCCUAUACUGGCGGUUAGUGCGAAUGCGCGCAUGGAGCAGGUCGAGCAGGCGCUCGCGUCCGGCAUGGAUGAUGCCAUUUCAAAGCCCUUUCGCAUUCCUGAGUUGUGGCCCAAGAUUAGGGGGUUGGUGAAGAGGGUGGCGGAUGCUGAUGCGGACGUGGACUUGUGA